AUGGGACGCGGCAAAGGAAGAGCUAAAGGCAUUGACGUGACGAAGCACUUCUUUCAACCGUCAGGCCCCUCGGACCGGAUCUUGGUGCAGAUAUCUCCCUCGCAGACGGUCUACGUGACCGAGGAGGACCUGAGCCCAACGCAGGGGAGCGAGGCGGCGUUUGCGCUCAAGCGGGAGGGGCGAAUGGAGAACCCCAUUAAAUUGUGCGCCAGCUGGAGGCAGGGCGCCUGCCUUAGCCACGCGGCCUGCAGCAAUGCCCACGUGGUGGCUUACUUCAACCACCCCGCAACUCCCAUGGGAGGCGGAGACAACGGCGCCACGACUCCGGGCAGCGUGCUGCGGCGGCAACACGACGAUGCCAACCACUCCGCCGUGCAGCAGCACCAAACCCACCAUCAGCAUAACUUCCAUGCGGGCACGAUGGCAGGCGAGUGCACUCGUGUUGUGGAGCACAAGAGCCCAGCCGCGACAACGCACAGCACACUUAUUCCGGCACCGAGGAGUCAGCAGGCGAACCGGCAGGCCUCCUCUUUGGCGGCCGCAUCUGCGACUGUAAACUCUCCGAGUGCGGCCAUGGCAUGGGGCCGCAAUGUGGCGGUAAACGGCAAUCAACAUGGAAGCUACCAGUCACAGCGGCAACAGCAGCAGCAGCAGCAGCAGCAGCAACAACAACAACAACAACAACAACAACAACAACAACACACACGCCAUCAUUUUCCGCAACAGCAGCAACAACAUGACAUGAUGAAGCAACAACACAGUGCGCCACAGAGUAGAGGGAGUCGGGGGAGUGGUGGUCAUAGGGCUCACGAAGACAUCAAUUGGGUAUCAUCCAAUAGAGCAAUAGGUGGGAUACUUUUAGAUGCUGCUUCAACCCAACAUUCAGGCAAAACUGAGGGAGGGCGUGUUGACAUCUCCGCCGUGGCUGGCUUCAGCAGCAGCAAUAACAACAACAACAACCCGAACAGGGCGGAUGGGACCAACUUCACACCUUCUGAUAGUCUUAGCGGCACCGUCGGCGAUGAGAGCUGGGUAGCUUUGAUGCUUUGUCAAGGCUCCGUGAACUCGGCCAUCUGGAAUGACGGAUUCGGGGGCAUAUGGGAUGUGUCACCUAGUGCAGGGGCAACCACGACGGCUAGGGCGGAAGCAACUACAGUGGAAGCCGGAGACCCCCCGCUCUUUAUGACUCCCGAGCUGAAUACGAUGGCUGCUAUCAGCACACAAGGGGAAUUGUGGGGUUCCCUCAGCGGCAGUAACGUUGAGUCCGCGGCAUCAACCAGCAAACGUGCUGGUACAUCGUUUCGUUCAGAGGCGCUCAAGAGUCAGUUGCUGCGGGAGCUAGUUGGGGCGGAAAGGGACACCACUGAGCCAACCGCCGCGGAAACAUUGGUGAGGAACAGCACGAACCAAAAAAUUACUACCCCCUCAACCCCUCUCUCAGAGGCCAAAAACUCGUCGGGGCUGCUGCACUUGCUAGGAGGCGACGACUGUGAUGCUGGUUUUUUCGGUCACCCAGAAAGUUCCGGCUUUCUCGCAUCUGCAUCGAGCCGCAACGCCCAUACAAUCCAACACCUCAUGUCGUUACUCACCACAGAGUGA